AGACAGUAGGUAAAGAGGAAGAUCAUAUUCCUGGUGGAUAGAUUUGAUCAAGGAAGCCAGGGCCCUACGUCUGCAGGAACUGAGAGCUGCUGAAGAUAGGGUAUCUUGGAGAUGGCUCAUUCAUAAGGUUACCAUGAGUUGAGGUCAGUUUGAAAGCAUCUAACAGCAACAAACAACAAAGGGCCAUUAUUUGAUAUGAUUGUGCUUUUUUCCACUAACAAGUCAAAUAUCGUUUGUGGUUGGCUAGACUUUUAAGUACAUAUUUGGUACAACUUGUAAACUUUUACAGUCUUUAUAUUAGCCCAAAACAAAAGCAAAUGAUAUGGGAUUGAAAGGAGAAUACAGAGGAAUCUUAUUAUCCUGGAGCAGCAUAUGAAGUGGUAUGAUCCCUCUCAUAAACAUAGACUUCUGUUUCCUUGAAGGAUUUCACUCUACAGUUGUUGGCAAGGUCAUCGUCAUUCUAGAAAUUUGCAUUUGUAAUUAAACCUUCCCAAAUACUAGGCUGAACCUGCAUUUGUUAUUAAAGCCUACCAGAUAAUAGCUUGAACGUUGUUAAGCAUCUGAUCUCUAAUCAUUUGCUGUAGCCAAAAUCUUCGCUGACCAUUGGUGGUACUCUGUAAUCCAUGCACCACUUACCAUGUUUAAAACAGUAUCUCAAAGCAGUGGAAUAUAUUUCAAUAUUCUUGAAAAGUUCAGACUUAUACCCUCUUCCAACUUCCUUUUUUCUAAACUGAGUAAAUCAGAUUAUCCCAUUGCAGUACUCAAAUAAAUUCAUAAUUUCUGUAGCUAUUCUAAUACGAGCUCUUUCACCUGAAAAUUAGAAAUGGUCCUGUUUGAACCAUUAAGACAAAAUUUGUGGUAAACAAGUUAGAAAAUAAGAAGUACUGUAACCCCUACUUGUUUUGAGAUGUGGCGCUCAUUGUCUUGAACAUUGUCCUAGCUAGAGUCACAUGUUUUUCCUGACUAUGAUUAGCACAUCUUGACUUGGUUACCAUAAAUCUUGUCACUCUAUCCCCAUUUUUCUUUCUAAGUUGUAACUUACGUUGAAUAAUAUAGUGUCUCACACUUGUCUUUGAGGAACUCCUCUAAUGUGUUCUCUUCUUUAAUGCUUACUUUAGCAGAGCCCUUUGCCUGCCCUUCAGAUUUCGAAAACCUUUUUGUAAGCAAACUGAAGGCAACCUGAUGCCUAAUUUAAACUACAAAUCACUUAUGACCCCAGCAGCAUGAUUAAUUGUCAUGAAUUCUGAGAGUUGUCAUCUAAAAUAUGAGGAGGAUACCAAGUUGCCUAAUGUUUCGACCAAUCAAAGGAAGGCAGGAAGAACUGAAGGAGGUAAUUGAGCGUUUUAAAAAAGAUGAGCACUUGGAAAAAGCCUUCAAGUCCUUGACGUCAGGUGACUGGGCCCGGCACUAUUUUCUUAACAAGAACAAAAUGCAGGAAAGGUUGUUCAAGGAACAUGUAUUUAUUUAUUUGCGAAUGUUUGCAACUGAUAGUGGAUUUGAAAUAUUGCCAUGCAAUCGCUACUCAUCAGAGCAAAAUGGAGCCAAAAUUGUUGCAACAAAAGAAUGGAAACGUAAUGACAAAAUAGAGUUGCUAGUAGGAUGCAUUGCUGAGCUCUCCGAGCUGGAAGAGAACAUGCUUCUCAGACACGGAGAGAAUGACUUUAGUGUCAUGUACUCAACACGAAAAAACUGUGCUCAGCUGUGGCUUGGACCAGCUGCAUUCAUCAACCAUGAUUGCAGACCCAACUGUAAGUUUGUGUCAACUGGCCGGGAUACAGCUUGUGUAAAAGCUCUGCGAGAUAUUGAACCUGGAGAAGAAAUUUCUUGUUACUAUGGGGAUGGGUUUUUUGGAGAAAACAAUGAAUUCUGUGAAUGCUACACAUGUGAAAGACGUGGAACUGGUGCUUUUAAAUCAAGAGUGGGACUUCCUGCACCUACUCCUGUGAUCAAUAGCAAAUAUGGACUCAGAGAAACAGACAAACGUUUAAACAGGCUUAAAAAGUUAGGCGACAGCAGCAAAAAUUCAGACAGCCAGUCUGUAAGCUCCAACACUGAUGCAGAUACCACUCAGGAAAAAGUUAAUGCAACUACACGCAAAUCUUCUAUUGGUAUUAAAAAGAACAGCAAAAGUAGAUCAUUAACAAGGCAGUCUAUUUCAAGAAUUCCAGCUUCAUCAAAUUCUACCUCAUCAAAACUAACUCAUCUAAAUAAUUCCAGGGUACCAAAGAGACUGAAGAAGCCUGCAAAGCCUUUACUUUCAAAGAUAAAGUUGCGAAAUCAGUGCAAAAGGCCAGAGCAGAGAAAUGCAUCCAGAAAACUCGAAAUGGGAAACCUGGUUCUAAAAGAGCCUAAAAUAGUCCUGUAUAAAAACUUGCCCAUUAAGAAGGAGAAAGAAACAGAGGGACCAGUGAAAGUUGCCAUCUCUAGUGGCUGCUUAACAAGGCAUGCAGCACGAGAAUACAAACUAAGUUCAGUGAAAGGUGCUCAUGAGCCUGGGGAGGUGUCACCCUGUACAUAUAUAACAAGGAGGUCAAUGAGAACACGAAUGAAUCUGAAGGAGACCUCUGACUUAAAGCUUGAACCAAAUAUGUUGAAUAGCUAUAAAAACAAUUUGAAUGGCCUGCGAACUAACAGCUUGGAUCAGCAAUCUUGUGUGUUACAGGAGAGUGAGCAGGCUCUUGUUACGUCACAUAAGGGAGAGGGUAAGUGUCAGAAGAGUGACAGGGUUGCGGCCAAAAAGAAAUCCCGACAAGGGAGAUUAGCAAAGCCAUCCAUGAAAAUGGAGGAAACAGAACCUGUACAUAACUUACCUGUCCAAGACACCAUGCCAGAUUUGAUCAGUUCACAUUCUGACCUAGGAGAAAUGAACAAUGUUAUGGAUCCAGCCAUUGGAUAUAAAGACUGCAUUCCUGUGGCUGGUGGCUGUUCUAUUGUAACUUCAGACACUUUUAAAGUAAAGAAUCGCUUUAGAACUGCAAAAAGCAAAAAGAAAAGGCGAAUUACUAGGUAUGAUGCACAACUAAUUCUUGAAAACAGCUCUGGGAUUCCCAAACUGACUUUGCGGAGGCGACAUGAUAGCAACAGCAAAACAAAUGACCAAGAAAAUGAUGGAAUGAAUUCUUCAAAAAUAAGCAUCAAACUAAGUAAAGACCAUGAAAAAGACAAUAACUUAUAUGUAGCAAAGCUUAAUAAUGGGUUUAACUCAGGAUCAAGUAGUAGUUCAACAAAAUUAAAAAUACAGCUAAAACGAGAAGAAGAAAACAGGGGAACAUACUCUGGUGACCUCCAUGAGAAUGGGGUGUGUUGUAGUGAUUCUCUGUCUCUGUUGGAGUCACGAGUGGAAGUGGAUGAUUAUAGCCAGUAUGAAGAAGAAACUGUAGAUGACUCUUCAUCUGCAGAAGAAGAGGAGGAGGAGGAGGAGGAUGACUAUGAGGAUGAUUUUGAAGAUGACUUUAUUCCUCUUCCUCCAGCUAAGCGAUUAAGGCUUAUAGUUGGCAAAGAUUCAAUAGACAUUGAUAUUUCUUCCAGGAGAAGAGAAGAUCAGUCUUUAAGGCUCAAUGCAUAAGCUUACAGGUCUUAAACUGAAUAGGAUGUCCAUUAAAAAAUAAGAAUUCCAGUCAAUUAUUCCUCAACUGAUGAACUUGCUGAAAAUGUUAGCGGAAGCACUUCUUUAUUGUUUAUUCACUUAUAUCAACAUAAUAUUGUAGAUAGUGUACAGCAUACUGACUCCUUAAGUCAUUUGUGCAGAUUUUUAUUGUACUUUUUAAUAGCCUUCUUAUGUGCAAUUCUGAGUUAGAGAAAAUGCUCUAUUGUAAAAUAAAGGCUCAAGCAAAAUUACAAAAACGCCAUCAGAUUUUUUUCCAUGCAAGAUAAUUAAAUCACAAUAAUGUGGCUACACAAUAAUUUUUAAUCUAUGGGAGCAUUAUUUUGCUCAUAUAUCUGACUAAACAAUCUAAAAAAUCAUAGUAGCAACCUGUUAAGGUUUUCUAGUAUGUUAAUAUCACCAGCAAUGAACUACAGCUUUUUGGUUUAUUUGCUAGAUGUUUUUCCCCCUUGAAGUUUGUCAGUUUUAACACUGUAUGCUGUCCCCAGACGUACUGUUUGUGGCCUUUGUUAUAGUAGCAAACCGUUGGUUUGAAGUCAAAUUGAUUUCUUAAAAAAAGGUGUUGACAGUUUGCUGACUUCUAGUACAUUAUAUGUACAAGGGUAGCAGUAUGCAGAAUACAAGUUUGGAUAUGGUGUAUUUAUUUCUUGUUAUGUAAAUUAAAACACCUUGUAUUUAAUACUUUUUCGAUACUUUUAGAUAAAAUUGUUCUUUGCAAGAAUGAUUGGUGCUUAUUUUUUCAAGAACUUGCUGUGAAACAACGUGAUUACAACGGGCAACAUUUAUCCAAUGAACUACAGCUAUCCUAAUUGGAUCUUCAUAGUUUUCUGUUGCACUUGUAAAAUGCUACAAGGAAUUUAAAGCAACCUAUUCACUUUAACUUAUGAUAGUUUUAUGAAAUUUAAAGGAAAAACCUUAAGUCACAGCUUUUGUUCUGUGGUAAUCUAUAAAAAUGUUUUGUCUUUUGAGAUCCAGUGUAAAGGACUGAAAAAAAUGUAUAUGUUGUAAAUAUUUGUGUGUUGUGAGAAAUUUUGUCAUAAAAAUUGAUAACUUACCAGAAGGGUUUUUAAGUUUAGAAAUACAUUCAUGCCAAUAAAUAGGAUAUUAUAAACCUA